ACGCCUCAAUGGCCAUGUCUUUCUUUUUUUCCACACCUUCAACUUCAGUCUUCAAUCUUCAGUCUUGAGUCACUCUGAUUCAUAUAUCUUCUCGUCUGAACAGUCAUAUCUCUAGUCAACAAUCAAUCCUUCAGAUCACAGCUUCCAUCUUUGAUCAGUCAACCGCCCUUUGCUCCCGCCACAGCUCCAGGAAUAACUUCAAGGCCUACUAUUCGAUCACAGUAUCACUUCCAACCCUGAUCACUCUCGAAUUGAGCCAUCUUCCCGGACGCCUUCGAACGCCCGCAAAACAGUCAACAAUGUCGUCCCGCACAUCAUACAGCUCCUCCAGCACGCACGACAAGGGCGCCUACGGCCAACGCUCGUCGUCCCCGCGCUCGACAAUCUGUACGGCCUCUCCCAACACCCCCUUCAACCACCUCCAAACCACUAACAUCCCUCCAGCAUACACAUGCAGCUCCUCGGCCUCAAGCAUAUACGCCAACUCCGCAUCCUCCACCUCACGAGGAUCCCGCUACGGAAACAAACCCCCCGUCAUCCACAACGGCGGCGGCCCGUCGAACGACCCCAACACUUCGACAUCGGCGGGAAACGCUGGGUAUUAUCAAUAAGCCCUCGUCUCCUUCUUUUUCUUCACGUCGUUUACCCCAUCCUCGCCCUUCAU